CCGGGUUGCGGCCGGCACAGCCAAUCAGGGCACGCUAUGGGUCCCCGGGCAGCUGGGGGCCGAAGGACCUCAUCUCCUCGUUGGGCACAAAGGCGGUUGGUGCGGCAGUGCGGGUUCGGGGCUAUCAGGCCCCCAGCCCUUCGGUUUAAGGACCAAGAUAAUGGACAGGCCAUCAACCCCGCCCUUCGAUCCACGCUUUCCGAAUCAGAACCAGACGCGCAACUGUUACCAGAACUUCUUGGAUUUUCACCGCUGUACCAGGACCAUGAGGAGGAAGGGGAAGGACACGUUCCCCUGCGACUACUACCGCAAGGUCUUCCACGCCCUGUGCCCUCUUAGCUGGGUGCAGCGCUGGAACGAGCAGAUCCACGAGGGAACCUUCCCUGGAAAGAUCUGAUGGCUCCUCUCCCUGCUCUGGCUGCACUGCUCAACCCCUGGCCUGUAACCCCCUCUCAGGACCUCUGGAAUAAAGUGACACUGUACAACCUCCACAA